GAUCAAAGUAUGUUUGGGCUUGAUGUCAUUGAAACACCAGAAGGAGACAAGAUGCCACAGCUGAUUGUUCAAAAGGAGUUAGAUAGGGAAGAGAAGGAUACAUAUGUAAUGAAAGUAAAGGUUGAAGAUGGUGGCUUUCCUCAAAGAUCCAGUACUGCUAUUUUGCAAAUAAGUGUUGCUGACACAAAUGACAACCACCCAGUCUUCAUGGAGGAUGAGAUUGAAGUCAAUAUGCCAGAAAAUGCUCCUGUAGGUACUUCAGUGGCACAACUCCAUGCCACAGAUGCUGACAUAGGUGAAAAUGCCAAGAUUCACUUCUAUUUCAGCAAUCUAGUCUCCAACAUCGCCAAGAGGCUAUUUCACCUCAACACCACCACCGGACUUAUCACAAUCAAAGAGCCACUGGAUAGAGAAGAAUCACCAAACCAUAAGUUACAGGUUUUGGCAAGUGAUGGUGGAUUGAUGCCAGCAAGAGCAAUGGUUUUAGUAAAUGUUACAGAUAUAAAUGACAAUGCCCCAUCAAUUGACAUAAGAUAUAUCAUUAAUCCAAUCAAUGGCACUGUGAUUCUUUCAGAAAAUGCUCCACUCAACACCAAAAUUGCUCUCAUAACUGUGACAGAUAAAGAUGCUGACCAUAAUGGCAGGGUGACAUGCUUCACAGACCAUGAAGUCCCUUUCAGAUUAAGGCCAGUAUUCAGUAAUCAGUUCCUCCUGGAGACUGCUGCAUAUCUUGACUAUGAGUCCACAAGAGAAUAUGUCAUUAAAUUGCUAGCUGCAGAUGCUGGCAAACCUCCUCUGAAUCAAUCAUCCAUGCUCCUUGUCAAGGUCAAAGAUGAAAAUGACAAUGCUCCAGUUUUUACCCAGUCUUUUAUAAGUCUUUCUGUUCCUGAGAAUAACUAUCCUGGGACCAAGUUGACAAAAAUAAGUGCAAUGGAUGCAGACAGUGGGCACAAUGCUGAGAUAAAUUAUCUGCUAGGUGUUGAUGCUCCAUCUGAAUUCAACCUGGAUCAUCGUACAGGCAUUCUAACUGCAGUGAAGAAAUUGGAUAGAGAAAAACAAGAAAAAUAUUUCUUCACAGUUCUGGCAAAAGAUAAUGGAAUACCAUCCUUAAUGACCAAUGCCACAGUCUUAGUGAAAAUUCUUGAUCAGAAUGACAACAGUCCAAUUUUUACUCACAAUGAGUACAACUUCUAUGUCUCAGAAAACCUUCCAAGACAUGGCACAGUAGGACUAAUCACUGUAACUGAUCCUGAUUAUGGAGAAAAUUCUGCAGUCACUCUCUCCAUUUUAGAUGUGAAUGAUGACUUCACCAUUGAUCCACAGACUGGUGUUAUCCGACCAAAUAUUUCAUUUGACAGAGAAAAGCAAGAAUCUUAUACUUUCUAUGUAAAGGCUGAGGACGGUGGUAAGGUAUCACAUUCUUCAACAGCCAAAGUAACAAUAAAUGUGGUUGAUGUCAAUGACAACAAACCAGUUUUUGUUGUCCCUUCUUCCAACAACUCCUAUGAAUUGGUUCUGCCAUCCACUAAUCCAGGCACAGUGGUCUUCACAGUACUUGCGGUUGACAAUGACACUGGCAUGAAUGCAGAGCUUCGUUACAACAUUGUAGGAGGAAACACAAAAGGUCUAUUUAUAAUUGACCAAACAACAGGCAACAUCACACUGAAGGAGAAGUGUUUUGUUACAGACUUUGGUUUACACAGACUGGUAAUCAAAGCUAAGGACUUAGGACAACCUGAUUCUCUCUUUAAUGUUGUAAUUGUUAAUCUAUUUGUGAAUGAGUCAGUGACCAAUGCUACAUUGAUACAUGAACUGGUGCACAAAACCAUUGAAACACCAGUGACCCCAAAUAUUGAGACAACUGAUGCAUCCUCACCAACCAGUGACUAUGUCAAGAUCAUGGUUGCUAUUAUUGCUGGCACCAUAACUGUCAUCAUUGUUAUUUUCAUUACUGCUGUAGUAAGAUGCCGCCAAUCACCACACCUUAAGGCUGCUCAGAAAAACAAGCAGAAUUCUGAAUGGGUUACUCCAAACCCAGAAAACAGGCAGAUGAUAAUGAUGAUGAUUAAGAAGAGGAGGAAGAAGAGAAAGAAGAAGAAGAAGCAUGCUCCUAAGAAAUUGCUGCUUAACUUUGUCACUAUUGAAGAAACUAAGGCAAAUGAUGCUGUCAGUGAUGGAAACAGUGUCACACUAGACCUUCCCAUUGAGCUGGAAGAACAAACCAUGAGCAAGUACAACUGGGGAAUUAUACCUACUACCUUCAAGCCUGACAUCCCUGAUUUGGCCCAGCACUACAAAUCUACCUCUCCACAGCCUGCCUUCCAAUUCCAGCCUGAAUCUCCCCUGAGUUUGAAGCACCACAUCAUCCAGGAACUUCCUCUUGAUAACACUUUUGUGACUUGCGAUUCCAUCUCCAAGUGUUCCUCCAGCAGUUCUAAUACUUACAGGGUUUCUGAAUGCAACUAUUCAGUGACAACUUUAAAGACUCCUGAGUCUAUACACACAAGGCCGACUGAUUCCAGGGCAUCAACUAUUGAAAUCUGCAGUUAG